UGGUGGAGACAUGAUCGACUUAGAUGAUGAAAUCGACCGCAUCAUCCUGGAGUUCGACUUGUCGUGGUUAUCGCCGCUUGAUAGCGCUAGAAUGGACGUUGCAACCCAGAAGUUUUACACGGGGUCCAAGGACCUAGUUGAGCAGUAUCAGGCAGACGAUAAGCUACCCGAAGGGUACUUGCCGCUGUUUGCAAACGAUGCCUAUUAUCGGCAAGAUUAUUUUGGAAGGCUCAGGACUGCGGAUUUUGCGCGAACCGUUCGCGAUGCAGUUGAUCCCUCCGGGUUCUUUGCGAGCCGCACAGGAGGCUGGAAACCAUGAGUGCUGCUGGCCGUUAAUUUGCCAGUAGAGCGAACUCCUGCAGGUCCGUAGUAAUAACUGUAAUUAUGUCUCAGCAUGCAUCUUUUAUCGAUUGUGAGGGCUCGGAUGCCGAUAGCGAGGCUUGAGUGAGGCUAUGUCGACGUCCGCUUUGGCGGGGUUGCGUGAACGGCUGGGCGAGAGAUGACACUCGUGGGACGGCACCCAACCAGGAGGCAGAGUGCACCUGAAUCGCGUCGUACCUGGGAAUGUUGGCGGCCCGCGUGGAGACACAUCCGGGAGCUUAGAAUAGCGCUGCCGCGUGCGAAGCAGUCGAUGCUGUCAUGUCUGGGAGGGCUUCUGGGUAUUCCUGCCAGCCGGGCGGCUUGGCCCACACCACCAGGCAGUGGACCCGGCAAGCUCGAGGCACGACGUGCGAGCUUCAACGGUGCGCCGUCUGGUGCGGAGCAAGAGUACCUUGUGUGUCUCCAGCGUCGUCGCGGUCUGCCCACCAAGCGCUACAUGUUGCGUUUUCAUUCGAAGCACGUGCGGCGCGACCCCAACCUCGACCGCGCCGUCUCCAUGGCCCGUCGAUCUGUUUCGAAACAGCCGCUCCGUUGUUACUCUGCGCUUAGCAAGGCGACAAGGCGACGAGGCUCCGCUCUGUGCGCCUUUGACGCUGUCAUCGAUCGUCUCGCGCAGUCCGGCGCAUGCUAUUCUGUCCCCCUCCAGAGUCCCUACGCUGUGGCUCCUGUACAAUUCUCACCACCUGCAUGGCCUUCCAGAAUGGCUUGCUUACCACGGACGCCAGAGGCUCGCUGCAGGUCCGCGCUGCAGUGCUCAGCCCUACCGCAAAUGGGACCGUCCCCUGUUCGUGGCCGCCAGGCCUCUGUGUAGCGAUCCUAUCACCGCGAGGUGCGACUAAGCGCCCACCAUCACGGCUGCACCCACUGCGCAAAAUUAGAAUAGAUAAUUCUCCGGGCGGCCUGUGUGGCCUUUGUUUAGAGCACACAACGGCUGCGGCUCUGAUAUAAAGUCACGGCGGUGCCUUAGCUUGGAGGCUCUUCAGAUACCCAACCCCAACAC